UCAAAAGGUGGUGAAAAAGAGACGACUUUUGCGUCCCUUAUUUCUGGGGAGAUGCCUCCUCAACCUUUUCAUCCUAUAAAUGCCCGCUAGGAUUCCCGCUGGCCUUACCAUCCAACCAUCCAUAACCAGCAUGGCAAUCCCAGAGAUCAAAGUCAACGAGCAGAAUUUAGCCGGGAAGUCAUCGAACGUGAGCAAUGGAGCCCAGAUUUGCUUGAGGAUUUUGUCAAUUGCAACUACAUUGGCCGCAACUUCGCUGAUGGUCACAUGCCGGCAGUCUAUCACAGUAUUUGGCAUCAGGAUUGAUGCCCGAUAUAGCUAUUCUUCGGCUUUCAAGUUCUUUGCAUUUGCAAAUGCAACUGCGUGUGCAUUCUCCAUGAUGUCCCUGUUCCUUCUCAUCAUCUUCACUCAUCCUCGAGGCCCACGGAAACCUUCCAACUUCUUCUUCUUCUUGUUCCUCCACGACUUGUGGAUGAUGUCGCUAGUACUGGCGGGAUGUGCAGCUGCGACAGCAAUUGGAUUUGUUGGGAAGUACGGAAACAACCACACUGGUUGGAUGCCCAUAUGCGACCAUCUGGAGAAGUUCUGUAGCAAAGCCACAACUUCCAUCGUGUUCGCUUAUGCGUCGCUGCUCCUAUUUAUGUUGCUUGCCAUCCUCACUGCAUGGAACAUCCGGCAACUUUCAAGCGUAGCCCUUACCAGUUAACAUUCAAUUGUUAGUCUGUGUUGUGCAAAUUUGAAUGGCCUGCUUAGGGAUGAUAAUAGCUCUUGUCAUCUGUUUCCGUCCACAGAUUGGCAAGUUUAAUAAGCCUACUUUUAUGA